AAUUCUAUUAAUGGCCGCUUCGACGACGCUUCAUUUGGUUCGCUCGCGUCUACUGCCGGUUGUUUUACAAUUAAAAUCAUUGCAAAUUUCUAUAAAAUCGAAUAGUUACUUUUAAUAAUUUGUGGUGCUGUGUGUGCAAAUAUAUUGAAAAAUGGCUGCAGUGCAAGGACAGCCCGGGAAUAAACCUUGGCCAGUCAGGCCCGGUAUACAACAUCAAAAUAGCCAAAACAACUCAAGUUUGACUCUAAACAGGACCAUAAACUUGUAUCCUCUAACAAAUUACACAUUUGGCACCAAAGAGUCUCUGUUCGAGAAGGAUGCUUCGGUUCCCGCACGAUUUCAGAGAAUGAGGGACGAGUUUGCAAAAAUUGGUAUGAGAAGAUCUGUUGAAGGUGUACUACUGGUACACGAACAUGGCUUACCACACGUCCUGCUAUUGCAGCUUGGUACGGCGUUCUUCAAGCUACCUGGUGGGGAGCUUAAUCCUGGCGAGGAUGAAAUUGAAGGCCUCAAAAGGCUAUUGACUGAGACUCUGGGCAGACAAGACGGCGUCAAACAAGACUGGCUCAUUGAAGAUACUAUUGGUAACUGGUGGAGACCCAACUUUGAACCACCCCAGUAUCCGUACAUUCCACCACACAUAACCAAACCGAAAGAGCAUAAACGUUUGUUCCUUGUGCAACUUCAAGACAGGGCUCUGUUUGCUGUGCCCAAAAACUAUAAGUUGGUCGCUGCCCCUCUAUUCGAACUGUAUGACAACGCUCAGGGGUACGGACCAAUCAUUUCAUCGCUAUCCCAAAGUCUGUGUCGGUUCAAUUUUGUUUAUAUGUAAAGAGAAAUAUGAUAUAUUCAGAGUACAGAUAUACCUGUAAUCGUUGUAUUCUACAAAUUCGUUUCAUACAUAUUGGUAAGGUUUGUCAAUGUUCCAAAUUAACUUUUCUAUAAAACCAUUAAAUAGAAAUGAUUUUUUUGCCCUAUGAUCACGUUCCCGAAAACGCCUGGGAUUGGCCAAGAACAGAAUGACGUCACACGCUAGUAAACUUCCGGUCAAAGUGACAUUACAUUGUAUCGUUUGACAUUUUAAUGUCACUCGUGUGACGUCACACACUAUUAACUUUUUUUUUGCCGGCCAAUAAUGCAAGAUGCGUAAAUCUGCAAAAAAAAAUUGACCAUCUAUAGAGCUCAACCCUAACAUUGGCAGAAUUGUCCAAGCAGACAACAGCCAGCCUUUACAAAAAAUAGAAUAGGAAAGAAGUUUUUUUUUACAGAACAGAAUUAAAAAUAUCCUUUUUUAAGGACUCCAUAAGCAUAAGUAAACAACGUGAGAUAGUUUUCUAAAACAUUGUCAAAUACCCUAUUGCAAAUCUUAUUUUAUGUUCACAAUAUAUUUAAACUUAAUACUUUGUAGUAUAUAAUAAAUCAAGAUAGAAUUUCAAAGAAAUGGCUUUUACAAUCGUACAGUGACAGAUGUAUUUAUUUAUUAGGGACCAAACCACAGCUAACCAAAACACCAUUCAAAUCUUAGCAUGUUUUGGUGAAUUGUUUUUGUUAUUAAACUCAAAAUUUAUAUAGUUUCUUUCGAAGAGCUACAUAAUCACGAAAAUAUUAACCCCCUUAUCACAAAACCCGGACUAAAGAUAAAACUGGAUUAAAAUUGGCACUUUUGUUAUCUAAAAAUUUCUAAAAAGGAAACGGAGACAACAUUUGGUAUAUACCAAGAUUAACUUUAGUCUAUGUUUUCAAAUAAGGCAGUAUUAUUUUAGUUUAGAAUUUCUACCCUAACUAUAACUAAUCAAAACCAGCUUUAAUUUGAAGCUAAACCUAAUAUUAGAAAAUUUAUGUAAUUCACCAAAAUGUGCUUUUGGAAUCUAUUUCUUCUGUAAAUUGUGUAAUGACUCUGAAUGCCAUUCAAAAGCGAUUCCAGAAGUGAGAAAGGUCUAUAUUGAGUUAACCGUCUUCUCUUCUACCAAAGUUAAUAUAAAGCUGUCCUAAGAUUUAAUAUCUGUACUCUGAAUUUUAGUUUAAAUUAAAAAAUAAAGUAGACAGAUUUUUCCAUUCUAAAAUUUCUUAACGUCAACUGCAAAAAAAAGCUUUCCAAUUUUUUUGGAAAAAUCUUUCUACUUUAAUUAAUUACAUUAUAAUGUAACAUUGUAAUAAUGUUUGCUUAGUGUUAAGUGAUUUCUGACUAAAGAAUGUGCGAAGAACA